CCAUGGGAUGACAGUGAACUGCUCGAGCUCGUGGAGCUUGAGGUGCGCGAGCUUCUGUCCUCGUAUGAGUUUCCCGGUGACAACAUCCCGAUCAUCUCCGGUUCUGCUCUGCUAGCUCUGGAAUCUCUGACCGAAAAUCCUAGUUUGAAGAGGGGGGAGAACAAAUGGGUCGAAAAAAUUUACGAACUUAUGGAUGCUGUUGAUAGUUACAUCCCAAUUCCGCAGAGGCAGACUGAUCUGCCAUUCUUGUUAGCCAUUGAAGACGUGUUCUCCAUCACUGGUCGUGGUACAGAUGCCACAGGCCGUGUUGAGAGAGGAACCGUCAAGGUAGGAGAGACAGUGGACAUUGUCGGAUUGAAAGAAACCAGGAACGUCACAGUCACUGGUGUGGAAAUGUUCCAGAAGAUCCUUGACGAGGCCAUGGCCGGAGACAAUGUGGGCCUGUUGCUUAGAGGAGUGCAAAAGGAUGAUAAACAGAGAGGAAUGGUGUUGGCCAAGCCAGGAUCCAUUACUCCUCACACAAAGUUUGAGGCCGUUGUGUAUGUGUUGAAGAAAGAGGAAGGGGGAAGGCAUUCACCAUUCUUUGCAGGAUACAGGCCUCAGUUCUACAUGAGAACAACUGAUGUGACUGGUAAAGUGACUAAGAUUAUGAACGAUAAAGACGAGGAAUCGAAGAUGGUAAUGCCGGGUGACCGUGUGAAGAUGGUCGUGGAGCUGAUCAUGCCGGUUGCUUGUGAGCAAGGAAUGAGAUUCGCUAUCCGGGAAGGAGGGAAAACGGUCGGGGCAGGAGUUAUUCAGUCCAUCAUCGAAUGAUGCAAUGGUAGAUAGUGAGAAGUUGUGCUUGAUCUCUCUUCCCCAUCUGUGGAUAACAUCGAUUCUCACGUAUCAAUGACACAAAUUAAUGAAAAGCUAAGGCGAGUUGGCUCCAGAGACGUGGGAACUUCCGCGAGCUCUCGGACUGCAGGAAGGUGGUGUCUCUAUGUUUGUCGGAUUACGGCAAUCUUCAUCAGGUUGCAUCGUCUUCUUCCCUUUUCAAUGUUUAAUUUUUUAUAACAAUAUGUCAUUCACCAAUCAAUAUACAGUCUUAUACAAUCUUAUACGAUCUUAGCUAUCAGAAAAAAAAAACAAUGUUGAUAAGAUUUUAUGUAUGUUCUUAGGUGUAACAUGUUUUUUUGUCUAUGGAUGUGUGGAAAGACAAACCGGUGAAUGGGAGAUGUGUUUCUGAAGCACGAAGAGCACGAGAGUUGCUGUAUGGGACAUAAAGAAGAAACAGAAGCAGAAAGAGCACAAGACCCCAACGCAUCGCCGCCUUCGUCUCCAUUUUGUUUUCCUCUUGAUACCACACUCUUAUAUCUCCUGUAUGUGUGUGUAUGUAUAUAUAUAGCGAGAGAAGGCUCGCGAGAAAUUUCAAAGGAAGGCAUCAGCCACCGAUAAGCUGACCUUUCGUUCCUUGAGUAAUUUCCCUUGUAUUUCAUUCGGAAAACGAGGAGCAUUUCAUGUCAAAAAAUGAAAAUUCUACAAUCCGAUUUCCAACCA